AUGGGCAAUACCCACCGUUUCGAAACAAGACAACUGCAAGCAAGAUUCCUUACUUUCUCAACAACGAUUACAGAUACUUGCAUCCUCCGAUCACCCAGCAUGAGUACUUCUACCCCAAAAACUCAACCAAUGUCGACAACAAUCUCCUCCUCCUCUGAUGUCAUUGAUUUUGUGGUGCGCAAAGGUAACGGAAUAACGGGUCUGGUAGAGUUGGGCAUAGAAAGUGUUCCCGAGCGAUACAUCCAACCCCAGGAAGAAAGAUUCGAUCCGAGCAAAGUCGAGACCGAUGAAUCCAUACCCAGCAUCGAUGUCUCAAACUGGGAUGAUCCAAAGGUGGCAGACUCGAUUUGUGAUGCUGCUAGCAAGCGGGGUUUCUUUCAGAUCAUCAAUCAUGGGGUACCCUUGGAAGUUCUUGAGGACAUGAAGAAUGCUGCUCAUAGGUUCUUUCAGCUGCCAGUCGAGGAAAGGAAGAAAUAUCUGAAAGAAAAUUCGCCAUCUGAAUCUGUGUGUUUGGUUACCAGCUUUAGUACUCAAGCAGAAAAGGUCCUAGAGUGGAAAGAUUCCCUUAAACUCGUAUGGGUUUCUGAGAAUGAGGCUUCUGCAGUUUGGCCUCCUGCAUGCAAGGAUCAAGCGCUAGAAUACGUGAAGAGAGGUGAUCUCCUUAUCAGAAGGCUCCUAGAGGUGCUCUUGAAGAGACUUGGCGUGAAGGCACUUGACGAAAAAAAAGAAAGCAUGCUAAUGGGUGGAAUGAGCAUUAACCUCAAUCACUAUCCUUGUUGUCCAAACCCCGAGCUUGUGGUCGGCGUAGGCCGUCACUCCGACAUAUCAACACUAACCGUCCUCCUUCAAGAUGAGAGUGGCGGGUUGUACGUCCGAGGAACUAAACAUGAUAGCUGGAUCCAUUUAUCCCCAGUUAAGGGGGCUCUAAUCAUCAACAUUGGGGAUGCAUUACAGAUAAUGAGCAAUGACCUAUACAAAAGCAUUGAGCACCGGGCAUUUACAAACAGAAACCAGAAUAGGGUUUCAAUUCCAAUUUUUGCAAAACCAGGACCUGAUGCCAUUAUUGGACCUAUGCUGGAAGUGCUCGAAAGUGGACAGAGACCAAUGUACAAGAAUGUUGUCUACAAAGAUUACUUGAAGAGCUUCUUCGGUAAGGCUCACGAUGGAAAGCAAGCCGUCGAAUUUGCCAGAAUAUGAAAUGCAGACUCUCUUUUGCAUUUGAAUAAGUACAUACAGCAAUGAGAAACCAGUGUACAAGCAUGUUGUCUGCACAGAUUAA